AUCUUGACCCAUUAACACGAGAGCCGAUGUCAGAGCUGUGUCGCCUUAUGUAUUUUUAGCCGGCAAGCGGGAGCGGGGUUCGAUCGGAGCAGUGUUCGCGCUGACCGGCGCCCGCGGGCAUUCCGUAGGCUUGCUGCGCGGCAGGACCAUGAUCUCGGGAAAAUGACAACGCGCGGUAUAAGGCGGAAGAAGUCGUCGCUGUCAGAAGUGAAAGUCGCGGUGAUCGGGGCACCGUCCGUGGGAAAGAGUGCAUUGACGGUACGAUUUUUAACUAAACGAUAUAUCGGAGAAUACGAUCAUCAACAAGAAAGUAAAUAUAAACACGAGGCGCUUUUGGACGGUGAACCAAUUUUAUUUGAAAUCCUUGACACUUGUCCUAAGAGCGUGGACGAGCUACCGGGAAAUGAAAUCGCGCAGUGGGCGGACGGACUUUUCCUCGUGUACUCUAUAACAGAUCGAGAAUCUUUCAACUAUGUCCGCCGCGCGAAACAAAGCUUGCAGCCCGACGUGCCCUUGACUCUCGUCGGGAACAAAGCCGACAUGGUACAUCUGCGGCAGGUCAGUCCAGAAGAGGGAGAAAUUCUUGCGAAGGACUUUGAAUGCAGUUUCGCAGAGGUUGCCGCGGCUGAGCAAGUCAAUCAAGUAGGCGAGGUAUUUCAUGAGCUUUGCCGGGAAGUUCUUACUCAUAGAAGACGAGCAAAACAUAGCCUUUUGGAUAGAAUGUUAGGGACCAAAACCGCUUAUCGAGUCUAUUCGCGCGGGAAAAGUGACAGCGCCCUACCCAAAGAUUAAUUUGAUCGCGUGUUUUUAACUUCAACGUAUUGGAAGAAAAUGUACGGUGUCGUUGAAGACUGAUAUAAUAUUAUGAUUGUUGUUGUGGCCACAUGUUGACUCUCGUAAUCAAAAACUUUCUCCAUGUAAACACCAUGUGCAAAUACUUUGUAUGGUUAAUUUAUGUAACUAGCUUAAAUUUCAACGAGUUAAUAGCAAGAUUUAACACUCACUCGUAGAAGAAACUAUUACAUACCAACAUUUUAGAUAAAAAAGACGUAUAUUAUUAUGUGGGACUUUAUGUGGUAUAUGCGUUUAAUAAUAAAUACGAAAUAGAAUAUAAAUAUAUACAUUACAUUUUUAUCGAAUAUUACAAACAUAAAAUCGUUUACCGGUUUUAAAAUAAAAGCACAGAAAAAUGAAACGAAUGUGAUAACGAAUGACGUUACAUGCUAAUUGCAUUUUGUAGUUAUUAGCAUUAUUCUUUUAGUUAUUUUCGUCACGUUUAACUGCAUUGAUUGUUAUAUAUUGUAUAAACUAUGUAAUAGUAAAUGAAUACUGUAAAUUAGUUAUUAAAUACAUUACUUAUACUGUGUCUGUUAUUGUAUGUUACAUACCAAAUCAGUAUUGUUACUGCAUUGGUGUAUAGAUGCGAAUAAAUGAUAUGUGUGUGACCAAAAUACGCAAUCACAGCCCUAUUCAUUUAUCCACGGGGUUCCUUGAAUAAUAACUAGAAUAGAGUGCGUUUGUUUCGGCUAAAAAGCUUUUAGAUGUGUGAGAUUUGUUGAUCAAGUUCAUUGUGAAAUGUAAAAUGUGAAUAUUUGAUAUUUAUAAUGACUUAGUUGAUAAUUGAAAUAAUAUAAUAAACCUAUUAU